AUGGCCGGAACCUUGUCGCCAGUCUACUCAACACGCCCAGCCAUGGCGUUCCCUACACUCCCGCAGCGUCCUCCGCUCCUCCUGGUCCCACUCGCGCUGCUGCUGCUCUCAUCGGCGCACCUCCCCCUCCGCGCGCGCGCGCAGCAGUGCUCCGCCACCACGCUUUGCGUCAACAACCUCUGCUGCAGCGCUGCGGGCUAUUGCGGCUCCACCCCCGAUUACUGCGGCGCUGGCUGCCAAUCUGGGCCUGCGGAGCAGCAAACGGCAACAGCGUCUGUCCGAACAACCUCUGCUGCAGCACUGCGGGCUAUUGCGGCUCCACCGUCGAUUACUGCGGCGCCGGCUGCCAAUCCGGGCCGUGCGGGGGAAACAACUCCGCGGCCUUCCCCCCUUCCGGUGCCCCUCCCCCUUCCGGUGCCCCUUCCGCCAACGGCCAAUGCGGAGCAGCAAACGGCAACAGCACCUGCGCCAACAACCUCUGCUGCAGCUCUGCGGGCUAUUGCGGCUCGACAAUUGACUACUGCGGUUCUGGCUGCCAAUCCGGGCCGUGCGGGAAAAACACUUCUGCGGCCGUUCCCCAAUGCGGAGCAGCUAACGGCAACCGCGCGUGGUCCUAUUCCUCCUGACUACGACACCGAUGAGGAGUACCCUGAAAAGGAUACUGACGACGACGAAUUGGAGGGCGGAUCUGAUGGCGACGAUCCCGUCGCAGCAUGGCACGGGGACGCCCAGUACAACGGCCCUGCCGAAGAGACCACGGAUGCCGCCGCCACUGCGUCCUUGAGCGGAGCUCCACCGAACCAGCGCGGCAGGGUGAAGCGUACCGGCAAGGCUGUUGCCGGGACAGAGACGACCGCCGAAGGUGCCUUGAGCGGUAUCGCGCAGAAAGGCCAGCGCCCGGAGUGGUCGGCCAAAGAGUCGACCAUUCUCGUGGCCGCGCGUUGGUUCACCAAGGAAGAACUUCAGCAGAUGACGGGUAAACAGGGGUCGCAGUACUGGCUCCGGCUUAUCGAGCACAUUAAACUGCAACACCCUGAUUGGAAUCGCAAUGAAACGGCCUGCACCAACCAGUGGAAGCGGCUGAAGGCGUUGUGGAAACAAGUCGAGAAGGGCGAAUCCGCGUCUGGAGGGGCGACAGUAAUUAAGCCGCCGUGGUGGGAGUGGAUGGUCCUUUUUUAUAAGGACACGGCAGCCGCGGAGCCGCAUGCCCUGGACGGCGGCGGUGCGGUUGAGGUCAACGUCGACCCCGGGCUCAAAGUCCCCACGCCUGCCAAGACGGAUGCUACAGCCACAACGAGUAAGUUAUCCGACCCUUCUCAUUCUCUGCAUGUAACAAGACUCAUCCCUGCAGGACGCCUUUAG